AGCUGAAACUAAAUAACACUCUAAUGAUUCUGUCAGUCCAUCGUCACAAAAUAUAUUAUGGCACAUAUAUAAAUUAAUGUGUAAGUGAGAAAAUAUUGUAAUUUUAAUAAGUCACCGCAGUGAUUUGAAAAAGGGAUUGGAAAGCCCAAGUGGUAAUUAAUGGAACGAAGGGGAGAUAAUUGACUUGUGCUUAGUCAAUCUUUAAUAACGAAAGAGGAUAAAGUGAAGUAACGCCAUAUUGUGUUGAGGUGAGACAGAAGAAGAAAGUUCGUGUAAAUACACAAAAUAAACAUGGAAGAUAUGUUAAUUGUUGUGAAAAACCCGAAGUAUUAUUCAACGAAAGAAGAAGGAGAACUCUCAGAUGACGAUGAAGAUGGAAUAGUUCGUAAUGAAGGCCGUGGUGAAACAGACGAGAACAUGCCAGUAGAAAACAACAACAACAACAAACAUUAUUGUAGGAAACCUCCAUUGUUUAACAAUCAUUCCAGAGGUAUUUUUGAUAACUUUGGUAACAAUAUGAGAGAUUCUUCUUGUGGUAAUGGUGCUCCUUUCCCAUUGUCUCCAAACCGUAGCGGUGAAGACGGCCCAAGUGGGUACUUCAAAAAACGGCGACUACCCCCGCCACCUUCGUUAUCUUGUGGUAUGAUGAAUCCGGGUGGCCGUAGAGACAACAACAACCCUAUGUCUUCUGACAUGUGUGGUAGUAAUUCUGGUCCAGGUGUUAGUGGUGGUUACUGGGCACCUCCGCCACCUUUAAGACCACAUCACCCGUCACGAAUUCCUCAACAACUGCCACCGAUGUCUCACCACCCGUAUCGUCCUUCGCCUCCAAGGUGUCCAGUUGGACCGGGUGUUGAGAACCUUGGCCCUGGAGGACAUGGUCAGUUGCCUUCUGGUAACAGAGAUAGUCUUCCUCCGGGACCUUGGCAAGACAAUCGUAGAUACGGUCCUAUGACUCCUCGCAGUAAUUUUCAAUUAUGGGAGAAGAAACGGAGAAUGCGUGAGAGUCGUGCAUCGCUGUUUUCUGGUGGUGCUCAUCAAAUGUCGUCUCUCAAGGAAAACAGUGACUAUGAAGACCUGUUGAGAAAGUACCGUAGUAUUCAGAAACAAAUAGCCAAUCUUGAUGAAGAAGAGAAUUUAGCUGUUCAGGAUAAAUCUACUCAGUCUCCUGGCAACAAGAAUUGGGACUCCUAUCGAACUAUUUCUGUUAGCUCCAAAGGUUCUCAAUCUCAUGAAUCAUCUUCAGAGUCUAAUAAAAAAACAAAAAGUCGAUGGAAUCCACCAAAGUCUGGGUCAGAAAGUAAUGAUAAGAGAGUAGUUUUUGUUAAUUCUCAUAAGGCUGAAGACGAGGAUGAUGAAAUAGAAGAACUGCGACGCAUUGCUUUAGCCUCAACAUCAGAAAAUAACAAACCUAAACCCUCUGUUUCAAAAUCCUCUCAGUCAAAGCCUGUUAGUCGGUCAAGAUCUGAGACUCUGCGUCGGAAGACAAACUCUUCAAAUAGAUCGUCAUAUAAAAGAGAGUCAACAGUGUUGAGAGAACAAUCCUGUAAUAAAAGCGGAAUCAAACGGAAACUUGGAUUCCUGAAGCACCGACCAGCUUACCGUUCAUGUCGUAGAAGAUUGAGUUCCAGUGAAGAUAAGUCAAAAUUGGUAAAUAACCAACGCAGAGAGAUAAAUAAAAUUCUUGAAGUAGAUGACCCAGUUGAACAAAUAGAGAGACUAGCAAAGUAUCUCAGUGAAAAGAAGAAGGAAUUGGCAAUUAAUAAUAAGCCUCCAUCCUGUUUGUCCCAGCUGAAUGAAACCAAAAGUGAUGGUAAAACAAGUAAGGUGCUCCAAGACAACUAUGAAGAGGUAGCAAUGGAAAUAGAUUCUGAUGAUGGUCUUGUUGCUGUUAAUGAAAUUGAAGACAUUCAUAUACAAAGAGAGCCAUCCCUUAUGAGUUCUAUAUCUGAACUGCCCCCAGCAUCUGACAGAAAUGGUCAAGAUUUGAACUUUGAAAGCAAUCCAAAAAAUUGGGUAAAUCUAAUACCACCUCCUCCUCCUCCGCCUCCACUGCCACCUCCACCACCACCGCCACCACCUCCACCUCUUGUUGACAAGUCUGAGAAAGUUAAUCCCAAUGAACUCUCUCUCCUUGUGUCUAAUGUUGAUUCCUCAUCACAAGUACCAUACACUCUUGAUCCACUUCUAAGUCCAAAUGUACAACCAUUGAUGUUUCAUGGUCUAGUACCACCACUUCCACCCCCUCCACCACUACCUGAUGAGAAACCACCAGAGAAACCACCCGAGCCAGACUAUGAAGAAGAUGAAGAAGAGGAGAAGCUGCUGCGGGCACAGUUGCUACAAUCAAUGGCCAUACGUCGCAAAGAAAGUGUUCAGAUCCUACCUAAGGCUAUUGUUGAUGAUACUUCAGGGAAAGAAUCACCACUUUCUCCUAGGAGUCAGUCUCCUCACAGCACUGAUGCAAACUUACCUGAUAAGAAACAGCCACCUCAGCAACAGCCAUAUUGUGCUCCAAAGAUUCCGAAGCAUCCUUCUGUAGUAAUAAACUUGGCUGAGGAUUCUACUGAUAGUGAACAUGAGGCAGAACCAGAAACUCAAAAACAGAACAUUCUGUCUGGUAUUGACCAAUUUCUUAAAGAUGCUCGCAAAUCAGUUGAGACCAAGAAGAACAGUAUGGAAUCAAAAGACGUUAGUAACAUUAAGAAAAAUAUCAGCCUGAAUAAGCAGGAAGUAGAUUUGUAUACUGCAGACAGGGGCUUUCGGGAACUCGAAGAGAAAUAUGUUGCUCAAAGAAAACUAAUGUUACAAGACCAAAGAGAAUUGAAAGCUCUAGUAACCCAAGCAUCAAAAGUCCUUACCAAAAUCAAAUCAACAGAAAAGAAGUGUGAGAUUUUCAGGAAAAAUCUGAAAAACUCUGAUCAUUUGGUUGCUAUGUAUCAUAAACAAGAUAUUAAAAUUAAAGACAAGAUACAACUUGUGAAAAUUCAGCUUGCUCAUAAUGAGUCCACGGUAUUACAGUUAGAAAAGAAUCUCCUACAAAUUGGAAAACGUCUUUAUGGUGCCUGCUACCAACCCCGUACAAUUGCUGUUGAUAGUGCUGGAAACAAAAGGGUAUUGCCCCUUCUUUCACAUAAUCAGCUUAAACCAAAAAUUGAGGACAUUCCUCAUAAAAGACAACAACUUCAACAGAUGCAACAACAGUAUGCACUAAUGUUGCAGAAGCUACAGACUCAAGCCAAUAAAAAGAUUACCAAAUCAUCAGUCCUUCAACUGGAGAAAAUUUCAUUAGACUGUACUGAGGAAGCUGAGACAGCCUCUCAACAAAUUGCUGAGAAAAUAGAUUCUCGACGACGUUCAAUGAUUUCACUCAACUCCAAAAUGAAGCCAGAGAUCAUCCAGAACAAAGAAAAUAUUCAACCAGAUAUACGUGUCCCUCAGCAAUUAGAUAAGACAGAAUAUAACUUUGAAAUGCCUGAAAAUUCACAGCUAGCAAACCUUAAAACGAUUUUGCAUGAAAAGAUGCAAAACUUAAUAGAGCCAGCACAAUCAAAAAUUGUUUCUUGGGAAAAUUUCUCUCAUUUGACUCCACCUUCAAAUUCUAUUCCUUAUCCUAAAUCUGAUAAUCAGUCCCUGAAUAAUCUCAAAAUGUCCCAAGCUUUAAGAUUGUAUAAGCCAUACAAAAGUCCCUUGUUACAUUUUCGAGCAUAUCGUUUCAGUCCUUUUCUUCGCACAAAAGAGAAUUUGUCCCUUUCUAGCCAGAGUUUCUCUCAUAAACUGAACUGCAAAAAUAUUCUUUGUCAGUAUGAUCUUCAAGGAACCUGCAAUGACCAACAGUGUAAAAGUCAACAUUUGAAGGAUUAUUCCAUGUCAACACAGGAGAUUUUACAAGAUAUUGUAUCCUAUGCUCCUGCUCUAACUGGUGCUUCUAAGGAACAAUCUGGAGAAAAAAUAGCCGGCCAAAUUUGUGAUUAUGUAGAAAAUAUAAUGAAUCAAAACCAAGGUAGAAUGACUGUUGAUGAAUUGUGUUUACUUCAGAUCAGCAAAGUAAAUGAAUUUGUGCAUCAUGUUCCUCCACAUACCAUGUUUUUUGAACCACGAUGCUGGAAACCAAAUCAAGAAAGUCUGCCUGAUACUGUAGUUGACAUUGACAAAAUUUACACUCAGGAAACUGAUCUCAACCCCCUCUUCUUGAGUUCAAAACCAGAUGUUUUGUCUGAGUGGGAAGAUAUAAUUGAAGAACAAGAUGUACGUUAUUUCGAUAUUGGUAACAAUACAGCAGCAAUCUUAGAUUUAGAGGCUGCUGUACUGGAGAAUCCUCAGAAUGAGCAACUGUGGUUGAAACUUGCAUACAAAAAGUUGUCUAGUCGAAGCAGUGAUGCUGAAUCAGGUCACCUAGAUCAAGCUUUAAAUGUAUUAGCACGUGGUCUAGAAAACAUGAAACAGUCUCCAGAUCUCUGGCAAUAUUAUUUACAGUUGUAUAGUCAACAUCCAGACAGCAAAAAGGACCUUGUUGAUAUGUGUUGUGUUGCCAUUCAAAAUGCUCCUUCAUAUACUUUAUGGUGGCAGUACCUCUGUGCUACGGAGAACUAUUUCAGUAAGAUUGAAAUAUGUAAGCAGAUGCACCAAUAUUUAAAGAAGCAGGAGCCCAGUGAAGUAGUAUCACAACAUAUUACUGAAGUUUCACUAUACCGAUUGGGUAUUACAGUUGUUAGUAAUCGCUUCAAAACUGGAUUGUUGUUUUUCAAGAAUCUACUGCAAACUCCCUCCUCUCAUGAUGAAGAAUUGAUGUCAAUGCUACGCCCAAGUGAUCGAGCUUUGUUAUGGCUCUGCUAUAUCUAUUUACAUGAAUUUCAGCGGUUACCUGACCAACUAUAUGAUUCAACAGGUCAUUUUCUUGACCAUUUGUUCCCUAAGUCUCUCCACAUAGAUUGGUAUAGCCAUUCCAAGCUGCAGUGUGAUAUCAAAUUCUUACAGAAGCUUUAUGAAGAUUGUUUGACCUUCUGUUUACAAACUGAUGGUGAAAGAACUGAUGAGCAUGAUAAAGUGUCUUCUGAAGUCUACUGUAGCUUUCUAAAACUUCUUCACAGUCAGUCCAGAAUGGAUGAAGCCCUUUCUAUAGGGCGUGAAGUGUUAAUGAAGUGGCCACACUUGGAUGACGUUUGGCUCUCAAUGGCUGAAUUUUAUUCAGCAGACAAGAACGUUACUGCUGUUUGGCAGAUAUUUGAUGAGGCACUGAAAACUGGAUGUUACUCAGCAAAGCUUUACUUGUAUGCAUCUCACAUGGCAUUGAGUUUGACUGAUUCUGAAUGUGCAUUAAGAUAUCUGGAGCAGGCAUCAAUAUCUUGUUUCUUGAUAGACAUUACUGAUAGUCGUUGUGAUCCAAACAUUCUUUAUUGCUGUCUACUUCGUCAGACUAUCCCACUUGACUAUAAAAUACCUGAUUAUUGUGAAAAUAUUUCUCCAGAAGUUCUUCAAAAGAACCAAUUAUAUUUCUGGCUUACUUAUUGUUUAUUAUUGGAGUUACAAAGUGAUUAUAGUCAAGCAAUUGAAGGAUAUGAAACUGCUUUGUCCACUAUGAAAUCAACAUCUGACAUUGCUCAAGUUUGGCUACAUUACUUGAACUAUCAAAUUCGCCAAGCAGCUCAUGAAGGAAACAGUGCUGCUGAUAAACUUCAAAGCCUCGUUAUUCGUAGCUUGACUUGCCUUCCAAGUCGAGUGGAGACCUCUACUUCUCGAUACUGGCAUGACCACCAGCAUCAUAACAAAAUCAUUGAUCUUUAUAUUAACUGUCUGGAAUCAACUGAACAGAAGAUGGCUGCUUAUGAUAAAUUCCUUACUAUCAUGCCUAACAAUAUUGAACUCAUACUCAGAGCUGUUGACCUGGCUGUGAGCUGUAAUGAUAUGUGGAGAGCUUUAUCAUUUUGUCAAACUGGGGUCCAUGAAAAACUUCCUUGUAUCAGUUUGUGGAACAAAGUAACUGCAUUGACAGUCCUUAGAUGUAGCCAGAUUGAGGUGCAACAAUUAUUUAUCAAAGCUGUCCGAGUGCUACCCUAUGCUGUAUCAUUGUGGAAACAUUUCCUGUUGUUUGAAGUGACUAUUGGAGCCAAGUCCAAUGUGCUGCAGAUUAUCCAGCGUUGUCAGCAGCUUGGACUCAAUAUUGAUGGCUUUGUGAAGACAAUUUCCAGGUGACAGGCAGUAAAUAAAUAAAGAUAAACUUUUACUUCCUACUUUGAAAACCACAGCAAACUGAGAUUAGAGAAUCUGGAAGUAUUUUAGCUUUCAGCAACAUUACUAGUUGGAUCUUUGGGCUUUCUUUUCUGGCACUUUACUAAUGUGACUGGUUAAGGAAAGCAAGUAUAUUUGUAUAAAUUUUGAAAGCAAACCCAUUUAGUAAUAUUUAAAAAGUUAAUGUUUGACAUCCAUCACAGUAUUACUGUGUUGGCAAAUCUAAACAAAUCUCAGUUUUUCUGUUAUAUGGGUCUAUUAUGGCCACUGGUAUUCACUACAGGCUAGUUACUACUACUGCUACAACAAGCUGAAUUCAUUCCUGGUCUCUUGCUGUCACUGCUGAAUAGUACUGGUAAUGUUACUAAACCACAGUAAGUAUUAUGUUCCUCUACUUCCUUUCCUUCAAAAAGAAUAAAAAAGAAACGAAAAUGCAAGAUGCUGUUUACUCAAAAUCCAAGUAGAUCUAACAGCAUCCAUGUAUUUCAUGUAUAGGAUUAAUUUCUCCCUUCUUUGCAGAUUAUCUGAUGUUGUCUUUUAAACUCUAAUGAUUAAUUGCUCAAUGUCUGGAAAGAUGAAUAUUGAAUACUUGAAAUAUUUGGCAAUAUUUACCAAAUUCUGUGUAUAAGUAUGAUUGCAAUGCAAUGGCAACUACUUAACAUAAAAGACAAAUUUCACUUGUUAAGUAUGAAUACACUCUCUUGUGCAAAAGAUAAAAUGACUGUGUGUGCAUGCCUGAGUGUAUGUAUUUGAAAGUUGGACCUGAUGAAGCUGACUUUAUGUAAAUGGUUGAACUUUCAUUAUUGAACUUUAGCUGUCUUCUUGCUAUAUUGUAGUUGCUUCUUGGUUUCAUAGUUAACUACUCAAUAACCUCAUCAAGAGUUUCAUGAUUUUUUUUUAUAUAUAUAUUAAUGCCCUAAUCAAAUUUCUAUUCUCAGGUUUUAAUUAAAAAUUUUCACUGUAAAUAAUCUUUCUGAUAAAAAAAAAAAGGCUGUGAAUGAACUUACAGGAUAUAUAUAUAAACAUAUAUAUAUAUAUAUAUAUCAUAUACAUAAAUCAUUGUUUAGAAAUGAAACCAUACCUAUAUUAUAUUUAAAAAAAUUAAAAAAUAAUACAUUGAAACAAAUUAUGAACCAAAGGAAAUGUUAUAUAUUGAGUUUUGAAAAAGAAAGAAAAAUUCUAAGAAGAAAAGAAAGAAAACAAAAAGAAACUGGCAUUAAAUUUCUGAGAUUUUUGAGCAUUAUCAAAUGACCAACAGUGCUGAUCAUUACUGGUUCCAGAUUGUUGAAUAUACUUGGUCAUUUCUCUGACUGACUUGAUGAAAGAAAGAUAAACAAAAACAACCAAUAUCUGUUUGAUGACAUAAUGCCAAUCUACCUCAAUGAAGGCCCACUUCACACAGAUAACUGUUCUUGAAGCAGAGUAGGAGAAGUACUUGCUCUUUCUUUUACUCUGUCUGCUUGUCUCACUCUCUUCCUCUCCAUCUCUCUCUCUACACACACCCACUCACCUCCCUAAGUCAGAAUCUUUUCAUAUACUAUAUAUGGCCCCUAAAUUAAGAUCUUAUUUACUUUGUGAACUUUUGGAGAUAUCUUUGUCAUUGUUGUCCCUCUAUAUUCUAAAUUCAUAUGGCUAUACCUAUCUUGGGUCUUAUCCCUAGCGUAAAUAAUAUGAAAUGGAAAACAAUUUAAGUUGUUCUAAGUUUUAACAAAUUAUGUCAGGUUUUCUUAGAGAUAUCCUAGCCUUAUUAUUAUUAUUAUUAUUAUUAUUAUUAUUGGCAGUUUAUCUGCAAAUCUUUUUUUUUUCUCCUUAUUUUAUAUUUUUUUAAAAAUUUAACUUGUCUUUAUCAGUCAUUAUAAUCAUUCUCUGACUUAUCCCUGCAGUUUAUCCCUACAUAUAGUCUUUAUCAUCUUAUCCAUUUCACAACCUUCUACAAUGUGGUUUGAUAUUCUGCCUCACUCUUCUCUGAGUUCAUAUAUGAUAUUGGUAGUGCAACAAUCCCAGUCACACUCAUUUUAAUAGUAUAAUGGAUACUUUGACAUUUUUUUUUCUCAAUCUUUAUCUAUUACUCUCCUACUCUGCAUAUAUGAAGAUUCAUACAUAUGUGAGUGUGUGCAUAUAUAUAUAUAUAUAUGUAUAUAUAUAUAUAUAUAUACAUAUAUAUAUAUAUAUAUAUAUAAAAAUAUAUGUGUGUGUUUGUGUAUGUAUACAUAUGUAUAUACUUAUAACA